AUGAGCGCAAAAGGCGACCAACAUCAGGAUGCAUCUCAGGUCAGGGUCUCGUUGGAGAAGCCCGUGGACAGUGUAUUGAGCCGCACUGAGGGUGACGUUGAAGUACACAACCUCGAUCUUGUCACCGAGGCCAUUGACGCUAUCGGAUUCGGCAAGUAUCACUGGCAGUUGACAUUCACCUGCGGGUUCGGCUUUCUUGUUGAUCAGAUGUUACUCGUGUCGGUCAGCCUGGUGACUCCUCAGGCCGCCAUGGAAUUCGGGCCUCGAUACGCGACUCUGCUUUCGGUGGGGCUGUACGCCGGGCUACUGGUAGGCGCAUUGUCGCUGGGCGCAUUGGCGGACAAUCUCGGUAGAAGAUUUAUCUGGCAACUAUCCAUAUUCGGUGUUUCCAUUGUCACCUUACUUGCUGCUAGUUCGCCUAACUGGGCUGCGUUGAACGUCUGGGUAGCCCUAUCCGGCUACUUCGCCGGGGGUAAUCCGUGGCCGCUGCUAGUCAAUUUUGGCUGUCCCGCCGGGUCGACCUCAGAAACUUGCGCCAAGGGCGCCAAUAUGGGCUGGCGCUACUUAUAUAUCACGCUCGGCGGCCUCUGCCUCGUAAUGGCUUUCAUUCGCGCUCUCGUCUUCAAGUCGCGCGAGUCGCCCAGGUGGCUGGUCUCAUGCGGACGUAUCACGGAAGCUGUUGACGUCCUCAACAAGAUUAGCUCAACUAACGGUUCAGAUUAUAGCGUGACAGCCGAGCACUUCAUCCAGGGGCCGCGACAUAGCGUCCAGGUCAACUCACUUAGAGAAAAUGCUCGAAGAGCUGCAAGGCUCUUCUCUGGCGCUCGCCGCCCCCGGCUUAUGGCUUGCCUGACUGUCUUGUGGGCCUUGAUCGGCAUCGCUUAUCCCCUUUACACCGUUUUUCUGCCGUAUUACCUAGCCGCCAACGGGGCCACGCUCGGUGAAGCUAGUACCUACAUCACAUACCGCGAUUGGGCUGUCUCCUCCGUUGUGGGGAUGUUUGGCCCUCUGUUGAGCAUGUACAUGGUGUCAACUCGAUGGCUGCGGUCCCGGAUAUCCAUCGCAAUCACGGGCGUCGCUUGCGCGGCGUUUUCGGCCGCGUUCACCACUAUCAGGACAGAGGGUCAGAACCUCGCUUUCUCCUCGAUGAUAAAUUUCUGGCUCAACGCCCUCUAUGCGAUUAUUUUCUCAUACACUCCGCAAGCUCUCGACGUGGAGAACCGUGGAGUCGGGACAGGCCUGCUUAUGGCUAUCGGUCGUUGUGCUUCUCUGAGUGCGCCAUUCAUAGCCACAUUUGCCGAUGUGACAACGUCUGCACCAAUCUGGGUGUCAUGCGGAUGUUACGUGGUCAUGGGGUUGAUCGCUCUGGCUCUACCGGUUGACACGGCGGCUUUUCGUGGGAGGGCUAGUCAAGAAUAG